AUGGCAGAGGAAAACCGCGGAGAGCAGAUUGCUGCCAUCACCUACACCUUUCUGUUCGUUUCAACCAUUGCGUGUCUGCUCCGGAUAUACUGUCGUGGAUGGGUCAUCAAGGCGUUUGCGGCCGAUGACUGGCUGGCCGUGAUUGCUCAGUUCUUGUUCAUCAUCUUCUGCUCCUACGAGAUUACUGGUGUUCACUAUGGAACUGGUCGCCACGUUAAGGAUAUCCCCGAUGGAGGUACACCCAAGGCCAUGCAAAUGUGGUGGACUUGCGAACCUCUCUACGUCUUGACAAACAUGGCCAUCAAACUUAGUAUCGCCAUUUUCUUGCUACGAAUUUGUGUCACCAGAAUGCACAGAAUAAUCAUUUACGUCGUUAUUGGCGUUACCGAGGUUUACAGUCUGUUCUUCUUCCUGCUCUUCGUCCUGCAGUGCAAGCCCACGUCCUAUUUCUGGACGCGUGCCUCGGCGGUCCCGCCAGAGGGACACUGCCUGGACGCAUCAGUUGUCGCCAACGCCUUUUACGGAUACUCGGCCAUCUCUUGCUGGACAGAUUGGACCUACUCCAUUCUGCCAGUCUUCCUUGUCUGGAAUUUGCAGAUGAACAAGCAAGUCAAGAUUUCGGUUGUUGCCAUUCUGGCUGCUGGUUGCAUUGCAUCUAGUGCAACCAUUGUCCGUUUCCCCUAUCUCUACUCUUUGACCGAUAUCGAUGACUUCCUGUACUCUACCUCGGAUGUUGCCAUCUGGUCGACCGUCGAGACCGGUCUCGGUAUCACGGCCGCUUGUGUGGCUACUCUCCGACCUCUUCUCAAGACCUUCUUCGGUGGCUCCUCAGCCCGCGGAAACGGCACCUCGGCGCGCGCCGCAGGAUGGCACAGGACCGGCAGCGACCACCACACCAAGGGUGGCGACGCCUUUGACAUGCACGACGUGACCAACAACAAGUUUGGCGUCACGACUGUUAUCGAUUACGGCAAGCAGAACGGCAACGGCAACAUCGACCUCGAGGGCCAGAAGAACAAGGGCGACGCCGGCUCCGAGGGCUCGGGCUCCAUCCACGACAAUGACUGGAACAGCAGCGAGUCCAACCUGGCCGACAAGGCCGCCAACGAGGAUCUCCGCCACGGCGCCCACUCGCAACAAGGUGGUGCUGGUGCCUGGAACAUUACCGUUAAGAAGUCCAUUGUUCAGACGAGAAAUUAG